AUGUUUGAUGGAUGGCAGUUUUAUUCAAAUCAUGUGUCACAGUAUAAUGGUAGAAUUUUGAUAAUAUGGAGAGCAGACUAUUAUAAGCUUAGAGUUCGUAGUGAGAAUGCGCAGGCAGUCACAUGUGCAAUAACAUUUGUGCCAUUACAAAUGGAAUUCCUAGCAAUAUUUGUGUAUGCAUACAACUCAAGGGAAGAAAGGAGAGAGUUAUGGGAAUAUCUAUGCCAAAUAGCUGGAAUGGGGCACAAACCAUGGAUAACUAUGGGAGAUUUCAAUUCUGUGUUACAUGCAGAGGAUAGUCAAGGUGUCAAUCCGGUCACUAUAAAUGAAGUAAUUGAUUUCCAUUCUUGUUUGGAUGUAACAGGCUUAACUGAAUUACCAAGUAGUGGAUGCUCAUACACUUGGAAUGAUAAGCAUGAAAGUGGAAGGAUUUUCUCUAGAAUUGACUGGGUGUUACUAAAUGGUGAAUGGAUGGACAAUUUAGUAGAUUGUAGAGCAAAGUUCCUGCCUGAGGGUGUGAGUGAUCAUAGCCCUAUUCAGAUCACAAUAGCACAGAAUAACAACCAAGUAAGGAAAACAUUCAGAUAUAGUAACAUGUGGAGCUCUCAUCCAAGGAACCAUUUCAGUAAUAUUGUAGAGGAGGUAGCACAGAACAGAGCUAACCUACUGCAAAGUCAGGAGGAACUCCAAAAGUUCCCACUGAACACUGCUUUAAAGCUAGAGGAGAAGACUAUGGGGGAAAAAGUCAGAAGGUCGAGUUAUCUAGCAGAAAUAUUCCUUCAACAGAGAAGCAAGACAACUUGGAUUAGGGCAGGAGAUGACAACACCAGCUAUUUCUUCUCAGUCAUUAAACACAGGAAGCUUAUGCAGGCAGCCACACAAUUACAUGACCAUAAUGAUCAAAUGCAGCAUGAACCAGAUAAAAUAGCAAAUAUUUUUGUUCAUUACUAUAAGCAGUUGUUGGGUGAAAAGGGAGAAUGUAGAGGAGGUGUAAGCCAGUGA